UGGGCCAGGGAGGCCUGGGAAGGGGCGAAGAAGGAACCUGAGCAGGAAGAGCGGCUGCGAGGCGGCGGCGCAGAGGCAGUGGCUGAGUUGGUCGCGGCGACGGCGACGGGGACGGCGAGGGCUCUCGACCUUCGAGAGCAGGAUGCAGGUCCGCGUCGGGCUGUCGUUGCUGCUCUGCGCGGUGCUCCUGGGCUCGGCAGCUGCGACCUCGGAUGACAAAACUAACCAGGAUGAAUCUUUAGAUUCCAAGAGUUCUCUGCCCACAGAUGAGUCAGUGAAGGACCACACCACCACAGGCAAAGUAGUUGCUGGCCAGAUAUUUGUUGAUUCUGAGGAAUCAGAAGUGGAAUCCCUUCUUCAGGAUGAGGAAGAUAGCUCCAAGGCCCAGGAGGAAGUCGGUGUCACGGAAGAGAUCAGCUUUGUAGACUCUUCAAAUCCAAGCGGCAAGACCUAUGAAGACCUAAAGAGAGUGCGGAAGCCAGUCUUGACUGCCAUUGAAGGUACGGCGCACGGGGAGCCCUGCCACUUCCCUUUCCUUUUCCUGGAUAAGGAAUAUGAUGAGUGCACGUCAGACGGGAGGGAAGAUGGCAGACUGUGGUGUGCCACAACCUAUGACUACAAGACAGAUGAGAAGUGGGGCUUCUGCGAAACUGAAGAAGAUGCUGCCAAAAGACGGCAGAUGCAGGAAGCAGAAAUGAUCUAUCAGACCGGGAUGAAGAUACUGAAUGGAAGCAACAGGAAGAGCCAGAAGAGAGAAGCAUAUCGGUACCUUCAAAAGGCAGCAGGCAUGAAUCACACCAAAGCCCUGGAGAGAGUGUCCUACGCUCUUUUGUUUGGUGAUUACCUCACACAGAAUAUGCAGGCAGCUAAAGAGAUGUUUGAGAAACUGACUGAGGAAGGUUCUCCCAAAGGACAGACUGGUCUUGGCUUUCUCUACGCUUCUGGACUUGGCGUUAAUUCAAGUCAGGCAAAGGCUCUUGUGUAUUAUACUUUUGGAGCUCUUGGAGGCAACCUGAUAGCCCAUAUGAUUCUGGGUUACCGCUACUGGGCUGGCAUCGGAGUCCUCCAGAGUUGUGAAUCAGCGCUGACCCAUUAUCGGCUUGUUGCCAAUCAUGUUGCUAGUGAUAUCUCCCUAACUGGAGGCUCUGUAGUCCAGAGAAUACGGCUGCCUGAUGAAGUGGAAAACCCAGGGAUGAACACUGGGAUGCUGGAAGAAGAUUUGAUUCAGUAUUACCAGUUCCUAGCUGAGAAGGGUGAUGUCCAAGCACAGGUUGGUCUGGGACAGUUGCAUCUGCAUGGAGGGCGUGGAGUAGAGCAGAAUCACCAGAGAGCGUUUGACUACUUCAACUUAGCAGCAAAUGCUGGCAAUUCACAUGCUAUGGCCUUCCUGGGAAAGAUGUAUUCCGAAGGAAGUGACAUUGUACCUCAGAGUAAUGAGACGGCACUGCACUACUUUAAGAAAGCUGCUGACAUGGGCAACCCAGUGGGACAGAGCGGGCUUGGAAUGGCCUAUCUCUAUGGAAGAGGAGUUCAAGUUAAUUAUGACCUGGCACUCAAGUAUUUCCAGAAAGCUGCUGAGCAAGGCUGGGUGGAUGGGCAGCUGCAGCUCGGCUCUAUGUACUACAAUGGCAUUGGAGUCAAGAGAGAUUACAAGCAGGCCUUGAAGUAUUUUAAUUUAGCUUCUCAAGGAGGCCAUAUCUUGGCUUUCUAUAACCUAGCGCAGAUGCACGCCAGCGGCACAGGGGUGAUGCGGUCCUGCCACACCGCCGUGGAGUUGUUUAAGAAUGUGUGUGAGCGCGGCCGCUGGUCAGAGAGGCUGAUGACUGCCUACAACAGCUAUAAGGACGAGGACUACAAUGCUGCAGUGGUCCAGUACCUCCUGCUGGCUGAGCAGGGCUACGAGGUGGCACAGAGCAACGCAGCCUUCAUCCUUGACCAGAGAGAAGCAACCAUUGUAGGUGAGAAUGAGACCUACCCCAGAGCUUUGCUGCAUUGGAAUAGGGCCGCCUCCCAAGGUUAUACUGUGGCUAGAAUUAAACUUGGAGACUACCAUUUCUAUGGCUUUGGCACUGACGUGGAUUACGAGACUGCAUUUAUUCAUUACCGCCUGGCUUCUGAGCAGCAACACAGUGCCCAAGCUAUGUUUAACCUGGGGUACAUGCAUGAGAAGGGCCUAGGCAUUAAACAGGAUAUUCACCUUGCAAAACGCUUUUAUGACAUGGCAGCCGAAGCUAGCCCAGAUGCACAAGUACCCGUGUUCCUCGCACUCUGCAAACUAGGUGUCGUCUACUUCUUACAAUACAUACGGGAAGCAAGCAUUCGAGAUCUGUUCACGCAACUGGAUAUGGACCAGCUUUUGGGACCCGAGUGGGACCUUUACCUCAUGACCAUCAUUGCACUGCUGUUGGGUACAGUCAUAGCUUACAGGCAGCGACAGCACCAGGACAUACCAGUUCCCAGGCCUCCAGGGCCACGGCCGGCUCCUCCCCAGCAAGAAGGACCACCAGAGCAGCAGCCACCACAGUAGCAGCCGCGCACUCACCUGGGCCCCGUGACCACUAGGGAGCUGCUUGCUGAGAACACUUGUAUUUGAUGUAGGGCUCUGGACGGUGGCCACCACCUGGAAGAGGCAUGAAGAAGUGUUGGAUCCCAGAAGCUGCUUAGAACCUGCUGCCUUCCUUUUCAGGGAUGAGUAGCUCUCGCCAGAGCUACAGUGAAUGUUUGUUUCAGUGCCAUAAGGAAUGACAACUCUCAGUGGCUUUCCUCUUUUCCUUCUUUUUCUUUGUUCCUUCUGCAAACACACACAAGACACUCGUCAUGUCUACUGUACCCACUGUCUUUCCUGAGAGACCUUUUGUCAUCCUGUCGAUGUGCAUAAUUUCUUACAUGUCUUCUAAGGUCCUGAGCAUUGACAACCUGGGAAAACCCAGUUAGUUGCAAGUUUAACCCUAAAAACAUUGCUUAAGUCUGGAGAAUAGAACUUGCCUUUAAGUCAAAAGCAAAACAAGCCAAGCAGGACGUCUUCAGGGUGUUUGGGAAAUGCAGUAACUGGGAAAUUUUACCAGUCUACAUGCAAGUUCAUGUGGUUGGCACUCAUAUUAAAAGGGAUUAUUGAGUGGAUUCCUGUACUGUUACUGUGACCCUUAAUAGCAAACUUCUUUUCCUCGAAGACUGAAAGGCUUUGCUAAAGAAUUCUUUGUGACCAUCACUUCCUUGCAGUGGAGUAGAAGUAAAACUCAGUGAACUGACUCUUUCUCUCAUGUAGGACUUUGCCCCAACUGCUCGUGUGAUUUGUGUGUUGGUUUGAGUGUACAGAGCCCUAGUCCAGACGCCAGAGGAUGAACUAAGUGGAGAAAUCAGAAACCAGCCUUAACCGACUUGAGGUGGGAUCUGAGACACACCCUCCCGCAGGUUGAUGUGUUUCUUCCUGGGCUUCAUUUUACUUUGCAUUUCUUAUGGCACAGAGAACAGACAACCCUCUGAAAAUCUUCAAAUAUGAAAUACUAUUGUCAAGAUAUGGCAGGUAGUGACUUCCUUUGUAAUACUAAAACUCAGAUAAUUGAAGAUGGCUUAGACCCAAUGCAUGGCAUAAACAAAGGCCUGGGUGCACUGUUGUUAUGCCGUGGUAGCUGUUUAUGUUUGACGGUUCCAUGUGGCUGUAGAAAGUCAGCCACUGCAGAGCUGUCAUGUUAUCACCCUUCUGUUGUAAACCUUAGGAGAGUAAAGCUGUUCCACUCAGCAGUGCCUGCUUCAAUAAGAUGCAAAAACAACAGAAACUGAGAGCUUUGCAUAAUCACCCUAUGAAAGAACUAAAGCCCAAGCUGAAUCUGUGGUUUGUGUAAUCAUCACAGGGGAGCAUUGAGCAGCCAGCACCUCACGAGCUCAUGCCCUGUUCAUUGUCACCGUUAAUCUCUGUCUGCAAUGAAACUUGAGUUGAUCACUUGUGGAGUUUGGAAAGCAUUGAGUUUGAGGGUUGGGAUUGUAAUCAGAAUUCAAUUUAGUUCAUCUAUACUGAAAAUGAAGGCUCUCAAUGUGAAGUUGUGUACGUUUGUGCAUGCUUACAGUAUUAGGGGAAACCCAGUAAGCAAAUUUUCCUUGAAGAUAUUUGCCUCCAAUUUGAAGACGUGACCACAGAGAGGCAGAUCUUUGAGAGGCAGCCAGCAUUCCUCUCAAGCAUGUAACGUUGCUUUGGGCAGCACUUGUAAAUAGUAAGGCGUAUUUGGUGUCUUGUGCUUAAAGACUAGAUUGUGGGUGGUGCAGCACGCAGGGUCUUUCACCGCUGCCUCUUCUCCCAGCCCCAACCUCGGCCCAGUAAGUGAAAUCUAUGGUCCCAGCGCUGUUCCUUUAGAAAGCAGGUUUUACAUUAUUUACAGGGUCUGGGCACAGUGGUGUGUACCUGUAGCCCCCUGUCACUGGGGGCGGAGGAAGAUCACAUUAGGCUAGGAGUUGAAGACCAGCUUUGAAACACAAUAAGACCCAGCCUCUAAAUAUAAGUAAAUAAAAAGAUGGGAAACUAAGAUGCCAGUGGCUCCGAUGGCUUUCCUGUACCAUCCACCUCAAGCCUCCUGGACAGCAGCAUUUUUGCAUCCAUCUUUUCUUCGCACAGAGAGUACUUGGAGAAAAUAUUUCUUAAAAUAGCAUACACUACCUAAGGCUGGACGGGACAGUCUAGGUUUGUUCUUCAUGUGGCAGACUUGCCCCUUGCUGUCCUUUUUACUGUCACUACUGUAGAUGCCCUUCCCUUGGCUUGUUACCUUCUGUUCCCAGCCUGGGUUGUCUGCUACCAGAAACCUGGAGAGCGUGUCCAAAAUAAUUCAGUUCUUACCACUUCUUUCAUAGAUGGUCUCAAACUGCUUUGCUCCUGUUCUCUGUUCAUGGGACAUAGUACCUAAGCAAAUAGGAAUUGGGUUCGGUGUUUCUCUUAAAAAUAAUGAACAGUACUUACUAAUGGCAUCCAUUUGAAUAAAGUGGCAAUAAAGCUAGUUAAUGUCAGUGACAUUACGCCAACUCCAGGGUUUGGGAGUUUUAGCAUUAGGAUUUUAGGUUUCCCAGAUAGAGCAUGGCUUCCUUCCUCUCCGUUCAUCCCUGCUGCCUUCUGUGGUCUGUCUUGCAGCCUACAAAGGCUCUCUGUUCAGCCUCUGUUCUCCUGUGUACCUGCCCCACUGGGCAACCAGCUGUUUCAGAGUCGAAAGACUGCAAGUCUUACUUCUGUGGUAGUGUACAAAGGUGGAGUUUUGUUUUUGAAGUUUUUGUUUCUGAUUUCUGGGUUUUCUUAGUUACUAGCCAAUAAUACAGAAAAAGGUCGAACAGGGGCUUUUCAUUUUUUUUUUCAAAUUCAUGAAUAGCUAAACUAGAUUAAUGUAAAAGUACAAGUCCUAAAUCUUGAUGUUCCUGAAGGUUUGUAAUUCUUCUGAAAAUAUCUAUAGAUUAAUUUCUGAACAUUUGUAUCACUCACCAUCUCGACCAUGGAGAAGCAUUGGAAACCUCCAGGGAUCUGGUGAGGAGCCACUGGCUGGGGGUUCGAUACACAGAAUUUGAUUUGGUUUGGCUGGUUGGUUGGGUUCUCUGUCUUUCUCUCUUUUGCUCCUCGUGUUUGCUCUCUAGUGCUUGGGAGCAGGCAUGUAGACCUCCAAAUGCAGACCUCAACUCACGUGUGUGGCAUUUGUACCAGGGUCUAAUCACAUCUGCGAAACUUUCCUCUCCAGGGGUUUGCACUAACACCUCACAUGGAUAUUUCAAAACAAGAUGCUUCUAGUGAUCCCCCCCCCCGCCACCCCCGCCGCCACCCCGUGCCAAGAAGAGCAGGCUUAUAUUUACUUCAGGAACAGCUGGUAUUUGAAAAUGAUUCUAAAGUAUGUUAUACUAUAUUUUGGCCCUGGGAUAAUGCAAGAAAUAACCAGAGCAAAAAAAAAAAAAAAAAAAAAAAACCUUAUGCAAAAAAAUAUUUUCAUCAGUUAUUGCUCAAAUAAGAGAGAAACUAUUUCUGGAUGCUAUAUAGUCAGGUUUUUAAAUGGGUAGUGUUCUUUGAAAAAGGAAGCUAAGUGUGUCUUCACCCACUAAGGAUUUCAAGAAAAUUUGAAAUAAUCCCAUAUACCAAUGAUUUAUAUCUUAAAGAAACUGUUUACACAUUAAAAAGCCGAUUUUGUAUGCAUAUGAAGGGUCCUGUGGUUAUGUGCAGGGAGCCAUUCAGAUGUUCUUUCUUUACUAUUUAUUGAUGAACGAUCUGACACUAUUUCUCUUUUAUUUAAAAACAAUGUUGAUAUGAUCAAAGUAUGACCACUAUAAAUGUUGAGGGUCGUGUUUAUAAAGAGCAUAAACUGACGUCGUGAAGGAACAUCAUACUAGACUUUUUGUAAAUUUAUUUUAUAUUUAAUGGAAUGCAGUAUAACGGCUGGUGAAGUGUAUUAUAAUUGUGUAAACAAAUCCUGUUAAUAGAGAGAUGUACAGAUUCAUUUUGUACUGUAUCUUGAAACUUGUGAAAUAAAGAUCCCAUCUCUGGUUAUCUGUC